CCCCAGCAGGAGCGCUGCCACCAGACGCGCAGCUGCCGCCCAAGCGAGCCCUUCUGCAAGACCAUCGUCUCUGAAGGGGACACAGGUUCCUGCUCCAGCCGCUGCGUGAGCCCGGAGCAGUGAGGAGCUGUGUCUGGGGCAGGACCUCGCUGGAGACGCGACCACGAAGAAAGGAAUUUGUCCGACGGAGAACGGUGCCCCGCCCGUUCCGUUAGCCCUCACGGGCGCCCCACAGCCCUUCCUCCCCGGGGGACGGAAAGAUGGAAAAGCGCACAGGCAAAAAGACGACGCAGGGCCUCAGGGAGCACAUGGCUGUGCGGAGGGACGCCGCCAGGGACCGGAAGGCGUCGGGGGCCAGAGGGCCCGGCGGGAGGGCCGCCCUGGCUAGAACGCACAGGAAGGCGCUCAGCCUGAGCCCCCAGGCCGAAGCCCACGUGUUCGACGCCUUCGACGCUUCCUUCAAAGAUGACUUCGAGGGCGUCCCCGUGUUCGUUCCCUUCCAGAGGAGGAAGCCCCACGAGUGCAGCGCGUGCGGCCGCGUCUUCAAGCACAAGACGGACCACGCCCGCCACCAGAGGGUGCACACCGGCGAGAAGCCGUUCCAGUGCGCCCAGUGCGGGAAGAGCUUCCGGCACAGCUCGGACGUCACCAAGCACCGCAGGGUCCACACGGGAGAGAAGCCCUUCGCGUGCGGCGCCUGCGGGAGGGCCUGCAACUGCGGCUCCAACCUCCUGAAGCACCAGAAGACUCACACGGGCGAGAAGCCCUACGGGUGCGAGGAGUGCGGGAAAACCUUCGCCUACAGCUCCUGCCUCAUCCGCCACCGGAAGCGGCACCCCCGGGGGGAAGCACUGAGCGCGGGGAAGCUGGUGGGGUGGCCCCUCCGGCCAUGGCCGCCGCUGCCGGGCACCCGCCGUGGCCUCGGCCCUCUCGCCUGCUCCGGAGGACGUUGGCCUGCAGCCCCUUGGCCCACUGGGUCCCCGGCCCGUCCCCGUGCGGGCGGCAGGAGGCCUGUGGCCCUGAGCCAGACAGCAGUCUUCCAGGAGGACCGCUGUCCCCCCUCGGCUGGCCGCGGCGACCAUCCUUUUCAGGCUGCGGCACCAGCCCGUGAACUCAGCCCCGUCCCCAGGAACUAGACGCCCUGUGACAUGUGUCCUCUCGGCCCGGCCACCAUCCCGGAUAAGCGGCCUGAUUUACACAGACGGGCCACGUGGGGCAGGGCUCCUCGGGCCUGCAGGCUGCUGCGUGGGAGGUCCCUUCCACAGCCACACCCCGGGGCCCCUGUCUGCCCACGGCAGCUUCCCCCCAGGCUGCAUCUCCCACGCAGGAGCCCACGGCACACGGCCGCGGGCCUGGCCCCAGGCCUCAGCUCUCUGUGCAGGUGAGUUCUGCCGCUCUGACCUUGGCCCCCAGGUUCCAUCCCACCCUCAGUCACGUCCACGUGCUGGGCCCCGCCUGGGUCUCCCUCGGGAGUGGUCUGUGAGGGGCUCCGCUCUCCGGGGCUGUGCCACUUGUCCCAGAACCUCCAGACAGUCUAAGGGGGCGAGGCGACCGUCAACCCGGAGAUAACGAGGCUUUUUAUUCGGAAAAGGAUGGUAGCUACAUUUUCACUCCAUCGGACCCAAAACCAACAACGGCUUGAGGCUCUGGGGGCUCUGUCUCGUGAGAGGCCUGCGCUCCGGCAAGACAGGCCC